AUGUUAAUAUUCUUGUUUAUGAAUAAAUAAUANAAUUAACAUAUUCCAUAUAGAAAUUCAAAAUUAACUAGAUUAUUACAAGAUUCUUUAGGUGGCAAUACUAGAACAAUAAUGAUUUCUUGCAUAUAAUAAAAUAAAUGUUAAUAUGAUGAAAUAUUAAACACACUAUAAUAUAGUAGUAGAGCUACUCAAAUAAAAAAGUAAGUUUAAAAGUCUUUGCAUUAAUAAAUAAGUGAAGAAAAGAUUCUAAUUCUACCUAAUAUUACUGAUUCUGAAAUGAGUACUAAACAACUGUAUUUAACUAAAAUCUAUAAUGAUAUUUAUAGUAAUAUUGAAGAAUAUCAUGAAAUUAAUAAUUCACUUAUUGAAAUACAAAAUAAUAUUCUUUAAAAUCAAUAUCAAAUAGAAGAAAUUUAUUCAAUGAGUUUGUAAAAUAAUUAAAAUUCAAUUAAUGAUGAUUAAAUGUAUCAUAAUCUUAUGAUAGCCUAAAAAUAAAACUAAGAAUUAGAAUAAUAAUUACAAAAUGCAUUAAAAGUUAAUUUAAAAUAAAAACAACUUUAGAAAUCCUUAUUACUUUAAAUAACUGAAGAAUAAUAAUAAUAUAUUGAUUAUUGGGAAUUAAAAUACGAGGAAUCAUAAAAAGAAAUAUAAUAAUUAAAAUAAGUUCUGUAAUCUAAAGUAUUAUUAUUAUAUAUAUACUAUAGAAUGAUGAUAUACAAUCAAAAGAUUCUCAAAUUUAAUAGUAAUAGUUAUUUUUAGAUUAAAUAAAGACAAAAAAUCCAUCAUUGUAUACAACUAAUAAUGAUUCUGAUUGUUCAUAUCCUUCAUCAUUUGCCUCAUCUACAAGUACUUCGUAAAUCAAAAAGAAAUCAUCGUUAACUCAUUUAAAUACUCAAAACACAUUAUCUUAAUAGUCUUAAUUAUUUGACAUGAUUGAUCGUCCAAGAUUUUCAAAUUUAUCUCAUAUUAAAUAAAUAUUAGCUUCAAGAGAGCGUUCUCCAGUUAACUCAAUAUUUAGAUAAUCUCCAAUAAGAUCCCCUCUAAGAAAGAAGCCAUCAAUUCGAAAUAUAAGUAAUAACAUUAUUUAUCUAAGCUUCUAUAUCGAAAGUAGAAUAAUCAGAAAUAUCACAGAUUUCCUCAAUAAAAAAGUCUAGACUUAUAAAUGAUCCACAAAUAACUACUAUCAACUUAUAUGGAAGUUAGUAUAUCAAUUUAAUAGACAAAGAAAAUAUUUCAUGA